AUUCUUCCCAAGUAGUUUGUUAUUAUGGCUAACCUCUGACGAACUAUAUUACUACAAUCUAGAAAGAGACAGAAAGUCCUAGCCUACAUGAAGUUUACCUGACCUCAUGACUGAUAAAUAAAACACCUUAGAUAUCUUUAACAUAUAAGAUGAAAACCCCAUAGACAUAUGUCUAUGGAAAAACCUCCCCGCUGCUGUUUUAACUUCCGCAAAGUAGCUCAUCGUGCGUACAUUCAAGUCUACGAAGUAGACGUAGCUUCAAUUAGUGAAUACCACUUCCGCAUACCCGUUGGCCUUGUGUGCGUGGUUGUCUUACGGAGUGGAUUUUGGUACCGAGCGGAGAGGAGAUGCACACGGCACUCGAGUGAGGCGUCUCGAAGUGACGAGAAGAUGAGGGUCCACGCACACACCAAAUUCUGCUUCCUGUGUGUGCUCACCUUCCUGUUUCACCAGUGCAGCCAUUGCCACGGCGACGGACAUCACCACGGCCAUGGAGGCGGUGACUACGACCAUGGCCACGGUCAUGGUCGGGGUGAACACAGCCAUGAUAGCGAUCAUGAUCACGAUCACGAUCAUGAACAAGAUAAUGAACACGAUCAAGUCCACAGCGACCUGCAGAUAUCCCAGGAACCCUACGUGGAACCCUCGGCUCAGCCUAUGAUGGGCAGCUCCAGCGACGCAGAGAAGGAACAGCACUUCUACAUCCAGCAGCUCUUCCAACGCUAUGGGCAGGGUGACAGGCUCAGCUUCACCGGCCUCCAGAGCCUUCUGCUGAGCCUGGGCCUGGGCGAGGUGAAGGUGGUGGGCCUGAAGCACAACGAGCAUGACCAUGUGGCCCACCUGGACCUGCUGGAGGUGCAGGAGGGGCAGCACUCGCACUCGGCCGACCACGACCACGACCAUGACCACGACCACGACCACGACCACCAUCACCACCAUCACAACCAUGGCAGUCGCCAGACCACACAUUCGCACCACCACCCCCACACGGAGGAGGGGGAUGUGCACACCACCGCCACAGCGCAGGGUACCCCCCCCUGUAGUCCCAAAACAGCUGGGCCCACUGUGAACAGUGGUCCAAUGGACCGGCGUGACCAUGAUCAUGGACAUAAACACGAGCACAAUCACGACCAUGAUCGGGACAAUGAACAUGUUCACGCACGUGACCGUGGCCAGGACAAAGAGCACAAGCACACCCACGACCACCGUGAUCACGACCACACCACGGUGGCCAGCGACCGCACGGCCGACAGCAACGAGUUCAGCCAAGUGCCCGACCGGGAGCAGGGCCAAACUCAGGACGGCGACCGUAUCCAUGACGACCAGUCGCAGCCUCACCAUCACCAUGAUCACCAUCACAAGCAUCCACACCCGCACCCCCACAACAACAACAACAACCACAACCACGACCACCUUCCCCCAGCUAACAGCACAGAUGGCCGCCCCCCCACUUCCCCGGCACGGCCCACCCAGCUCCCCGCUCAGCCCACACAGGCCCCACAGAGGCCAACUUUAGACUCCUCUAACAUUGGAGACCCAGGCCUCCAGGAGGCCAAACCCUCUCUAGCUCCGACCCAGGCCUCAGUGACCAAGAGGCCCAGGAAGACGCCCAGAGCCAGGGGGCAACGCAACAGGAACAGGACAGCUACCACUGUUGCGCCUCCCACAGCAGCAGGACAGGACCAUGGACACGAUCACGAUCACCUACAUGACCAUGAUCACAACCAUGAUCACCAUGACCACAGCCAUGACCAUCACGAUCACAACCAUGACCAUAGACAAAGUCACUCCAGAAAGGAGAAGAGAGAAGUGCCAAACAAGGACAGGAAAGCUUCCAUUUUAGAGCGACAUUUUAGUCAGCUUCAUCAGCACGAGGAGUGUUUGAACCUGACCCAGCUGCUGGCCCAUUAUGGGCUGACCCCGCAGUCCAACAUCUCCCCCCAACAGUUCACCUACCUGUGCCCUGCCCUGCUCUACCAGAUCGACAGUCGCCUGUGCAUACGACACCACCUCGAGUACGAGGAUGCCGAACCUGAACAAACAGCCAUGGUGUGGUUGUGGGGCUUCGUCUCCAUCACCAUCAUCAGCCUGCUGUCUCUGCUGGGCGUGGUGCUGGUGCCCAUCAUCAACCAGUCCUGCUUCAAGUUCCUGCUCACCUUCCUGGUGGCGCUGGCCGUGGGCACCCUGAGCGGCGACGCCCUGCUCCACCUGCUGCCCCAUGCUCAAGGAACUCACGACCACGACCAUGGCCACGAGAAGCCCGUGGACAAGAACGUGGGCUUGCUGGAGGAGUUCGACGCGGUGUGGAAGAGCCUGACGGCACUGGGAGGCAUCUAUCUCCUCUUCAUCAUCGAACACUGUAUUGGAAUGUUCAAACACUACAAAGACGAAGGGGGCACCUUGUGUCGGAGGAAGAAGAGGAGCGAGGAGGCGAAGAUCGGCAGGAAGCUGUCGGACCACAAGCUGAACAGGCGCUCCGACGCGGAGUGGAUGCACCUGAAGCCACUUACAGAGGGCAAUGAGCUCACCGUGUUGCCUGAAGAGACGGGUCACAAUGACACGCAGCUGUCUGACCUCCAGCCCCCGGACUCCCCCAGCAUGACCCCGUUAUCCCUCACAGAUGCCCCGCAUGACCACCAGGAGGGAGACGUACCGGCCAAGGAGAACGGCAAGAAAGCCAAGACAAAAAAGCACGGGCAUGGCCACUCCCACGGACAUGGGCAUUCCCACGCGCACUGCCACUCUGACCAGGAAAUGAAGGAUGCUGGCAUAGCAAGCAUUGCCUGGAUGGUCAUCAUGGGGGACGGCAUGCACAACUUCAGUGAUGGACUUGCUAUAGGUGCCGCUUUCAGUGCCAAUAUCACGGGUGGCAUCAGCACGUCUGUUGCCGUAUUCUGCCACGAACUGCCUCAUGAACUGGGUGACUUUGCGGUGCUGCUAAAAGCGGGCAUGUCUGUGAAACAGGCUCUUGUGUACAACGUCCUCUCUGCCCUCAUGGCGUACGUGGGCAUGCUGAUUGGCACAGCCAUCGGCCAGUACACGCACAACUUCACCAGCUGGAUCUUUGCGGUCACAGCUGGCAUGUUCCUCUACGUGGCUUUGGUGGACAUGCUGCCAGAGAUGCUCCAUGGAGACAGCGAGGAGCACAAGCGCUGCCAGAUGGGCCACUUCCUCCUACAGAAUCUGGGCUUGCUCACUGGGUUCACCCUCAUGCUGCUCAUCGCCAUCUUCGAGGAUCGCAUCAAGUUCGAUUUUGACCUCUAGAUGGUGGGGACACGUGGGGGGUGGGUGGUCAGUAGGGGUGGCGGCGGGAAGGACGGGAGGUAGGUAGGUAGAGGAGGCGGGGUGGGGUGGCAAAGCUUAAAGGUACACAGGCUUCACCUUCAAGUGGCUUCCACUGUGCGGAGUUUCAGUCCUGCAAGCAUGGUACAAAGCUCUUAUUCACACCUGUCAUACCUCAGUUGAAAACUGUGUCUGUGGCUUGCGGUAACUGACCAUGAGGACAUUUGUUUACAGUUUACCUCUCUUUUAUUUUGCAUACUCCCCCUCUUUCAACCCUGUUGUGUCUGUCUCUCUCUCCCCCCCCCCCCCCCCCCCCCACCCCACCUGACAAACAGUUAGCGCAUGCGUUGUCACUGGGGUCAUAAGGCAGGCAGAGGUCAUAAAGUCACCCAUACGCGCACUAACCGGUGCCCCACUGCUAGUAGUGUUACUGUUGCCCAUGGCAACUGCUCCUCUGAUGUAGGGAAACUUUCUUCUGCUCAUCAUACGUCUGCAUCGAAAAAAGGAGUUAGGGGUUAGCAUAGUUGCUUCAUAUCAGUCAGCCUUUGCUACCACCCACGACUCCUAAUUCCCCCAGCGCUAAGCUGAGAGGAGAUGGGUUUGACUUGAGGGUGUGGCGCCACUUACAAUGGCAGAGGAAGAUUUCCCAUGCAGAGGCAGCUCAUCAUGGUCAGAGAGCCCUUUGCCAGCCUCAUUACCUGGAGCCUUUGUCCUCUUAGCAGCUCCCCGCGACCAUCUGCAUUGUCGUUUGUGUGUGUGUGUGUGUGUGUGUGUGUGUGUGUCUGUAGUGCACCAUCAUAGGCCAUUUUUGUGAUUAGCCAUGGUGUGUCUCAUUGUGCGAUGUUCAAUAUUCCUGUGCCAAGCACAGAUUACUGGGCAGCUCAUCCAGUCGAGGCAAUUCAAAUGUGCUAGAACACACUGGUGACCAAGUCUUUUGGAAAUGGCAGCAGGUUUCAGUCUACACAGUGUAGCUAAGUCUUAAGUACUGCCAAUGAUGGCACUACUGCCUUUUUAAACUAUCAUAAUGUGAAAGUAAGUUUAGGAGAGGUUAGUGUCUUGACAUACAGGCUCAGUAUUAAAAUAUUGACAAAAAAAACGAUAAUUCUUUCUUUUCUUCUGCCCAUCAACUGCUUUGAUUGUUUAUUUGGUUGUUUACAUCCCCAAGUCCCCAACAGCAGCAAAAGCAAGCAAACAAAACAAACAUAGACGCCACCUGACAAGCUUUUGUCCUUCUGUUUAGGCAAGCAGGCUCGCUGAAAGCGUUAACAAGUAGAUGAAUAGCACUGUGAUAGAGGCUCUCAAGAGACUGACAGACAGUGGUUUAGUGGAUCAUAUCAGCAAUGCAGAGCUACUUUUUAAAGGCAUAAUAUAUAGAGAAAAAAAACAGUCUUUAUUUCUAGCUGCGGGAGCCAAGUAGCCACUGCCUGUGUGUGUGAAGAAUGCAAGAUAUCAAUUGAAGAGAAGGUUUUGACUGUUGAACAUGAAAGGUAACAAUGAUUUCCCGUACAUUAUUUGUACACAGCUCCGUGCUGUUGCAUUGACUUGUAAGAAUUGCACCACGGUGCAUUUUCUCCACAUUCAAAGAAGAAGUGGGAUUUGGUUCAUGACCACAGUUAGUAGCACACUGGAUUUUUAAUUGCAACUGUGUCCACUGACUCCUUGUUACUGUCCAUGUUAGUCAAUAUUGAAGGACUUUAAUUUUUUUUUUUUUUCAGAAAUCAAAUUAAGUUUUAAUGUUAAAACUGCCAUUUUGAAAUGUUACUUUUUUUGUUCGUUGUAUUAAUCAGCAGUCAGUUCUGAGGUUACUAAAUUCAAGACCAUGUCUCAAUGUGAAAUUUAUCCAAAUUUAUACGUUGACAAUCUCAAGCCUUUGUGCGUAGCUGGACCCUUCUAUCAUUGAUGAAUAUAUUUGUUGUGUAGGUUUUUUUAUUUUAUUUUUUUUAAUUUACUAGCUUAAUUUGCACUUGUAGUGAUAAUUCACAUUGUUUUCUUAAUCAAACCAUGGAGUAUCUGUUGGAAAUUAUGUUCUCUAGACAAUGAACGUUUUGUUACCAUGAAAAUACUUUUUCAUUUUCUAUUCGUUUUUUUCCUGAUUCCUAUGGAUAUUCGUGACAUACACCACCUUGACCGUGCCAAACGAAAAUGGGCCGUGGGGUUGAAAUUGUGUGCUCAAAAGUGGCUGCUUUCAAAACAUUCCAUUGGCUGUCUCCGCUGCUCAAGUGCUUUGUGGAUGUAGCCCGCAACAGCACCAUAUGUGUGCGAUUCCCAUUGAUCCUGUCACCGUGUGACAUCCAUUGUCUCCUAGUCUUGGCUGUGAAUCAUUGUGGAUCACAUUCGCUGAUGUAUUUGAUUGGAUCAAAAUCAUGCAUGUGAGGCAUGACAUUAAAUGGAUCAAACUAAAAAAGAAAAAAGAAAUUUUGUUUAUUUUUUUGCUUUUAUUUCAGCAAAGUUUAUUAAAUGAAGAGGAAAUCAUUUUGUGUCAUAUGUAAUUUAUUUGAAUUGGAUGUAAAGUCACUGAGGUAUACUUUGGGGGCCAAUGGUGCAAAGAGUUUUGUUCUUGAUGAAGUCUGACAUGGAUUACCUAAAGAUAUGUCCCAACUAACACCUCUACCCCAAGGUCCCACCAAUGAAAAAAAAGCCAUAUUAUCAAUGUCACCUUCAUUUAUAAUACCUGUUUUUGGUAUUUAUGUCUUGUGCAAAAAGCACAGAUCAGUCCAACCUAGUGAUGUGUUUCUCAGAAGUGUAUAAAUCCAACCAAUACAAAUUGCUGAAAUUAUGAAGUUAUCCACAUUCAAUCUUUCUGUCACCGUGGGCAUAUCUUAAAAGGGUAAAAUUCAAAAUUGGGAGGAUGUUGUCAGAACAUCUACUUGAGUUGGUUUGUUCCCAAAGACUACCUCACCCCUUUACAGUUGAAAAAAAAAAAAAAAUGAUGAUGAUAACGGAAGUCACUCACUGUCUGGUCUAAUUUUACUUUUAUAAACCGUUUACAAGCCUGGGUGUGUAAAUGUUUUCACUGCAUUCACCAUACUUGCUGAUUGUGCACCUCCCCAUAAAGAAGAGCAAAUAAAGAUUUGCAACAAGCA